GCAAGUAACUGCAGGCGGUACAGUCUCACUGCAGAAAGUGUUUUUAUGGAUUAUGGACUGGUAUUGUUCCAAUGGCUUAAUAUAAAAUGCCUUAAUGUUUGAUUUAUUUCCAUACCUUUUGAACAUCAUAGGAUGUUGAUUGAAGGACUAGUCAGUAAAAGUCAAACAUCAUAAUAUGGUCACGAUAGUCAUAUACAAAGCGCUGACAAGGCUCAUCAUUGUGCUCUGCUGUCAUUGGAGCUCACUAGAUAUAUCCGAAGCCAUAAAAUUUGAGUAUGACUGAUGAUCAACUGUCAGUUUGAGUUCUGAACCCUUUAUACAGAGCUGUCACCACUUCAACCUGCCAGGAAGAACAGAAAGAUGUCCCAGAAAGCUGGAGAUAUUAUACUACUUCUACUUCUGAUCAUGAUUUAUGGCAUGAAUCCUGGAGAAUUUAACAGGGGUCAAGCACAUCUAACAUGGAACAAUGGCGAAAUGGAGAUAAGAAUCUCAUUUGAAAGUAGACACAACGUUACAGUUUGUGACAAAGCGAAACAGUUAGUUUGUGAUUCAACAAACAGUUCAUGUUAUAUUGAGUGCUCCUCUAAUGAAUUAUUUGAAAACAAAACCUUCAUACAAAAAGAACAAUUCACAAUGAACCUGACAAUAAAUGAUCAGAACAAGACGAGAGUUGACUUCAGUAUAGAUAACACAACAAGCAGCUGUAUUCUGGUAGACUGCUUGUCUGAUGACAUAAAGGAUCUCCUGAAUGUGAAAGCGAAAAAAAUGAAAAUGCCACAUGACAUGAGAAACAUUCUCAAUAUUAAAAGAAUGUGCAAAGAUGUGGUCUUCAGUGACCCUGUUGUGACUACCUACAUUGGAGUGGAAAAGAAAGCCAUCCAAAACAUUAUAAAUAUGAGUAUUCCGGAGCAAUCCAAGAGCUACAAUCAGGAGGAUCUUUCCAUCACUGUGGUUAAGAUGAAUCUUAGCAAGACAGAAGAUUUUUUUUCAAUCGCCGCUCCAAGUGUAAGACUCUUGCCCCAUAUUAUAUAUGCCAAAAGUCCAGGCUGACAUAACUCUGUAAGCUACUAAACUGCUGUAAGUGAUUUCUGCAACACUAGUAGCGCCCUUGAAAAAUUCUUCCUUUUCAAUUUUGUCCAUAGAGACUUUCAAGCAUU